AGACCUGAACGCGGAGGGACUCGCUCCUCAUCUGGGAGACACUGAGGAUGACUGAUGGUCGUUUGUGGAGUACAGACAGUUAAAAACACGUGUAGACGGGCACAACAGUCUUGCAGCCAUGACUUGCAUCCACCCACAGCAUGGAUCUCAGCCCUACGAGAACAGCCUUGGCAGCGCAGAGCUUCAGAGCACAGACUUUAUCUCCAGGCUGGCAGUGGAUAUGAGCAGCCCACAGGACCACCUCUCUGCUCCAUCCCUGCCAAGCAUCAGCUCCCUGGUGGACACUCACGUGGGCGACUUUGACGCAUAUUCGUGCCAGUUCACUGCCGCCCCCGCCCACGUCACGCCAUCGUCAGGCCAGGAGACUCCCUUCAAGCUGGACGACCUCCAGGUGUACGGCUGCUACCCUGGAGCGUUCACGCUGAGUUACCCGGACGAGGCUGUGUCUCCCGGUGGGUCAGAUUAUUUUGGUAGCCCCGCAUCAGCCUCAUCCCCUUCAACCCCCCGGUUCAAGAGUCAGCAUGCGUCCAACUGGGACUCAGCCUUCGGGCCGUACUCACCCAGUCCAGGAUACUGGGUGGCAGAGGACACCUCAAUGCCACAAGAGCCCUCUUUCUUCACUUUUGGCUCUAUGGAGGAUAUGUCUCAUUUGGGUCAACAAGUACGAGAGCAGGAUCCUUUCACUCUGACCCACCCCCACCCAUCUGCACUGACCUUGAUGGAGCAAGCCAGAAUCCUCGAUGGUGCUGAGCAGGUGGAUGGGAGCUUAUCACCUAAGUUAAAAAGUCCCAGUGGAAAUGAGGGCUGCUGCGCCGUGUGUGGGGACAACGCCUCCUGUCAACACUACGGGGUUCGCACCUGUGAGGGAUGCAAAGGGUUUUUCAAGCGUACAGUACAAAAAAAUUCCAAGUAUGUCUGCCUUGCCAACAAAGACUGUCCUGUGGACAAGAGGAGGCGGAAUCGAUGCCAGUUCUGCCGUUUCCAGAAGUGUUUAGUUGUGGGGAUGGUGAGAGAAGUUGUGAGAACGGACAGCCUGAAAGGACGAAGAGGUCGCCUGCCUUCGAAGCCUAAAGUGGCCCAGGAGGUCACGACCACUGUGUCUCCUGUGAGCAUGAUCGCUUCACUUGUGAGGGCCCACAUUGACUCAAACCCCGGCGUUGGGAAAUUGGAUUAUUCAAAGUACGAUGAGACAGAUGUCAAUCUGAACCAGAAAGAGGACGCUAAUGACAUCAAACAGUUUUACGACUUACUAACAUCCGCCAUGGAGGUGAUCCGGAAGUGGGCACAAAGCAUCCCAGGUUUCUCUGAGUUCUGCUCAGAGGACCAGGAGCUGCUGCUGGAAUCUGCGUUUGUCGAACUCUUCAUCUUGCGUCUUGCAUAUCGUUCCAAUCCGGAAAUGGACAAGCUCAUCUUCUGCAACGGGGCCGUGCUGCACAAAAUGCAGUGUGUCCGAGGCUUUGGCGACUGGAUUGACUCAAUCCUGGAGUUUUCUCAAAGCCUUCAUCGCAUGAAGUUGGACAUUUCCUCCUUCUCCUGUCUCACAGCCCUAGUCAUAAUCACUGACCGACAUGGUCUCAAGGAGCCCAAACGUGUGGAGGACCUGCAGAACCAGCUCAUUACCUGCCUUAAAGAUCACAUCUCUGGCUGCGGCUCCGGCUCGCUGCAGCCCAAUUAUCUGUCCAGACUUCUCGGGAAGCUGCCUGAGCUCAGGACUCUGUGCACUCAAGGCCUCCAGCGCAUCUUUUAUCUUAAAUUAGAGGAUCUUGUUCCUCCGCCACCAAUUGUGGAGAAAAUUUUCAUGGAUACACUUCCAUUUUGAGUUUGAGACAGAAGAUCUGUGAUGUGUAAAAUCUGGAGUUCAUGCGAGAGCCAAAGAAAACAGACAAGUGAAAUUGCAAAAAGCAAAGAAGAAUCUGAAGGGAUUAUGCAGCUCCAGAGGAAAAGUGCUACUUCUGAAUUAUAAAGUGAAUGAGUUAUAAAACUUGCCAAAGCAGCGUGUAUGUGGAGCCGUCACAAAUUGCUCUUCAUAGUUUGUUUUUACAAGACAUUGUGUACUCUGCAGAUGGGCCAGCUCAUGGACCAAAAGCUGACUGUUUACAUACAACACGGUACCAUGAAAGGAAACACUUCUGAUGAAGGGAAGACGAUUGCACAAAUAAUACCUGCGCCAUCAUUUCAAGGAUGCAAUGAGCACAAUAAUUUUGCUUUUUUUGUAACAAUCUUUUGUUUAUGAAUUGCACACAAACAUCAGACAUAGCAUUAUUGUGAUAUGUUUAGCUCAAGUGUUAAAAAUCGGCAUUAUGCUUCUGUUUAGUUUAAAUACUUGAGGUGCUCCAGGAUGUCCUUAAACAUACAAAUUAUUUCACAGAACCACUCAAAUACACAUUUAAUGUCCACACAUAUCAAUACGCAAAGCACAAGUCCCUCAGAGCUCCAGUUUGCUUUGUAUCUAAUGCCACCAUUUGUAUUUGGUGAUCAGAAAGUAGGUUAAACCUACAGAAUCAUUCAGUGGUAUCAUUCAUGUAUCAUGAAUAGACAUUAAACUGAGCAGCUAAUAUACUGUGUAUCAUCCAGUACAGUCUUAUACACUGGUCCUGUAUGUAGAUUAUUUUGAAUCUGUUUCAAACCUGCUGGUGUUGUUGCCACGUGAACUGCAGUUUGGGGAAAAUGUAAUGUUGUUUUGGGUUAUUUUUACAUACUAAGAAGUUAUAUUUUACUGCAGCUGAACAUGAAAUAAAAUUUACAACUUCA